GAGAGAGAGAGAGAGAGAGAGAGAGAGAGAGAGAGAGAGAGGAACAGUAUGCUUCAAUUUUAUCAACGUCCAAGCCUCAGCCUCACUACUCCUCCAAUCUCUCUUCUCCUUGAACGAGGACAUGCUACAACAGUUAGUGCUGUGCUAGAAAAACAAGUAAAUUACAUCCUUAAAGGAAACCAAUGCAAAAAUCCCAUCAUUUGUUCUUCAAGAUCGGCCAAAAAAAACUGGAAAAAGCGGUACGUGCUGAGAGAAAUACGUAAACUACUUGGAGUCAGAAAGAAUGGUAUUUCUGCCAUUUUUGAAAAUAAUUAUAAUGAGCAUGCAUCAAAUCUCAAGGAUGGUGAUAGUUGGUCAAGUUCUAUGUGGAGUUCAAUUAUAAAGCACUUAAAUUCCUUGUAUCAGUUUUCACGUCCUCAUACUGUGAUUGGCACUAUUAUAGGAAUAACAUCAGUUUCCCUUCUUCCAGUCGAAACUAUUCUUGAUCUGUCUCCCAGAUUUUUUAUGGGACUACUGAAAGCACUGGUGCCAUCAGUGUUAAUGAACAUUUACGUGGUGGGAUUGAAUCAAUUGUUUGAUGUUGAAAUAGACAAGGUAAAUAAACCCUAUCUCCCACUUGCUUCUGGCAAUUUCUCAAUAGAAACGGGUAUCAUAAUCGUGGCUGCAUGUUUACUGCUGAGUCUGGCUAUGGGAAUUAUGUUUCAAUCCCCACCACUUCUUGCAGCCCUCCUCAUAAGUUUUGCUCUUGGAAGUGUGUAUUCCAUUGAACUUCCCUUUUUGAGAUGGAAGAAACAUGCUUUUCUUGCUGCAAGUUGUAUCCUGAUCGCGAGAGCAAUGGUUGUUCAACUUGCUUUCUUUGUACACAUCCAGAAAUUUGUUCUUGGCAAACCCAUAGUUAUAUGCAGAUCGUUGGUGUUUGCAACUGCCUUCAUGUGUUUCUUCUCUGCUGUUAUUGCACUAUUCAAAGACAUCCCUGAUGUUGAUGGGGACAGAGAUUUUGGGAUUCAAUCAUUCAGUCUCAGCCUUGGCCAAGAAAAAGUCUUUUGGCUUUGCGUUAACAUGCUGUUAUUAGCCUAUGGAGCUGCUGUGGCAGUAGGAACUUUUUCUCCUUCCCUCCUACCAAUCAAGCUUGUCACAAUGGUAGGGCACAGCACCAUUGCUUGGAUUUUGUGGAGGCAGGCACAGUCUGUUGAUCUCAACAGCAAGUAUUCUAUUACUUCAUUUUACAUGUUCAUAUGGAAGUUAUUCUAUGUGGAGUAUUUCCUCAUCCCUUUUGUGCGGUGAGAGUGACAAGUAUUAAAGGUUUGAAACUUCAACAGGAUAAUACAGUUCUGGAGGAACAAUUGUUACAGGACAGAUGAUUUUUUAUCUGGAUCCUCGGACAGAUUAUCAUCACCAUCGUCAGUACUAUCAGUCUGGGAAGACUCUUCAUCCUUUUACAGUUAUACCGUUUAUGCUGCAAUUAUUACUGUUUGCACCCAUAAAAUCAUUUCUUAACACAUCUGAAUCUGUUAUUAAUUGAUGAUGGCUUGUAGUUGAUGGCUGUCCAAGGCAACAAAACAAUGGAUAUAUUAGUUUUAUUAAUGAGUUCCAGUUCAAAUGUGAAUGGAUAUAUGAAUGACUUUUUCUUGGUGCCAUGCUUGAUAUUUAUAGUUCUGCAUUUGAGAAUAACAAUACAAUUUUCUUUUAUUAGAUCCAUCAAAUACAUCUCUUUCUUUCAAUUCCAAUUCACUCAAUAAUUAAAAUAAUAAAUUUUUCUUAUUCGCAAAUGAGUUAUAUAUCUCUGGACAAAUAAAUAAUUUUACACUAAUUAUUUUCCUUUCCUCUCCUAUGUUAUUCACUGGCAGACAAAGCUAAGGCAGGGCAGAUGGAAUUAGGAAAAUUGGUUAGAAGAACUUGCCUUUGCUUGCUGAUCUACCAGCUUCUGCUCGAGAAGCAGCACAAACGAGAGUGAACAUUGUAAAAUACCAUGC